UUUUUCCCCCAUUCCUCUUCUAUCUUAUAUUAUUCUAUUGUAUUGUCGUGGAAUUACCCACGAAAAAUCCUGCAUCGUCGUAUCGAAUAUCUUUAUCUCCAUUGCCAGACUUAUCUUGAUUCUUGUUCGCUCUUGAUGUAAUUUUAACGUACUUAGCUUUUCGUUUCGAGUGGCAUGUUCCAUACGGUUGUGUAGUACAGUUUUUAGCGUUUUAGUGCGUUUUUUAGUUUGGUUUUUAAAGUAUUAAGCUUUUUUUAAAAACCAUAACCAUGGCUUCUUUACCUUCUAAAGGAUCUGAUUUGAAAAAGAGUCCUCCGAAAGUUUUAUCUCCCAGUAACGGUCCGGCGGAUAAAACAUCAUCUGUGACGAAAUCGCCAUACAAGUCACCGCCUGCAAAGUUACCCGCAAAGUCGCCAUUGAAAUCUAACGAUACUGGAAAGAUCGGUCUGACUAAAGGCAAAAUGGAUUCUAGUCCACCGAAAGUGGCUCGUUCUCCGUCGAAUAAAUCGAUUACUCCGCCCGCUAAAUCACCCACCAAAGGUUCACUCUCAUGCGCGAUUAAACCGACUCUGGAUAAAAGUAAUUCACAAGGCGAUAUCGCUGUUCCGUCGAGUUUGAAAAACGCCGUUACCGGAAUCGUUCCUUUGGAUAACGAAGUUACAAAUACCGCCGAAGCGAAACCGACCGAGACUGUACUCGAAUCCGAUACUCAAGCCGCUGAAUCGACCGUCGAAUCGGAGCCUAAAACUGACGAAGUAGCUGCGAACGGUGCCACAUGUUCGGCAGUCGGCGACGCAUCCUCGUCCGAUUCAGCCAACGCAACCAAAAUCGAGCAAACCUUGGAUCAACAACAGAUCGCUAUCUCCGAACAAAAACACGCCGCCGGUGACGGUGCGCCAUCUUUGAACGAGAAAAUCGACGAAGUCGAAUCAGCCGGCGACAGCGCCGUAUCUUCGGAGACCAAACAAUCCGACAAGCUGGAAAAUUACGAAAACUUUUCCCAACAUCUACCUUCGAGCGGUGUUACUUUGACCGUAGUCAAAAAAGAAACACCAGACGUUGAUGCGACUGACGCUGCCAAAGCUACCGGUACCGACGAAGUCAAAACCGAGUCCAAUGACGACGCUAAACAAGACAAACCUGACAAGGAACCGACUAAAGACGGCGCAUCUACGCCCAAACAAUCGCCCAACACGAGCACUUCGGAUUAUACAAACAUGAGUGCUGAAACCAUCGACGCUGCUAAAUUAGCCGAAGUAUCCGAAACCAACGACGAGAACAUUGUACCCGAAAUAUCCAAACAAUCGUAUCGUCAAAAAGUUUGGGAUCAAUUGGAAAAAGACGACUUGGUCUUGUUCCCUCGACCUUGCAAUGGACGUAUACCGAAUUUCAAAGGCGCUCAUCAAGCUGCUGAAAAAUUAGCCAGCUCUAAAGUGUUCAAAAACUGCAAGAAUAUUAAGGUUAAUCCCGAUAAGGCUCAGGAGAUGGUUCGUUUCCAUACACUCGAGCAUGGUAAACGUUUAUUGGUACCGAUUCCUCGUCUUCGCGAAGGAUUAUUUCAAGCUGUUGUACCGCCGAUGGAUGCCUCUAAAUAUCAACUCCAACAAGCUAGUCAGAGAUUCGGUAUGAAGAAAUGGGGUAAACCUGUCAACGAUGAAAAAGAAGUUACCAUCGAUAUGGUUGUUUUGGGUUCGGUUGCUGUCGAUAAAAAAGGACAUCGCAUUGGUAAAGGAGAAGGAUACGCUGAUUUAGAAUUCGCUAUGUUGACCAAAAUGAACGCCAUUAACGAGAACACGGUUAUUGUGACGACUGUUCACGACGAUCAAGUAUUCGACGAUUUACCUGCGGAAUUAUUCAAAGAACACGACGUACCAGUUGACUGGAUCGUAACACCGACGCAGAUAAUCCAAGUAGCCGAACCACUCGAAAGACCCAAACAAGUAAUAUGGAGCAUUUUAUCGAAUCGUCGUGUCUUAGAAAUGCCGAUUCUACAAAAACUCCGCGAACAAGAGACCAGCGAAGGCAUCGAAUGCACGCUGAAAGAAGCUGACUCAGACGUCGAAGAAAAAACAUACCCGGUACAAGAGUCGGUAUUCAAGAAACGAUUCCAACAUCGUCGUCGUCGUUUCAACAACUACAGUCGUUCGACUGGCGAUCCGAUCCGCGAUAGUAAACUGGCCCAGGCUAAUAUCCCGCCGCCUUCGACUCCGCACGGUGCUCCGGCUUCUAUGCCUUAUUACAACAACAACAACAGACAACAGCGUAGAUACUCGCCGAAUAAUAACAGAAUGCGCGACUACAACCACGACGGUCGUCGAUACGACGGUGGUGUUCAACAACCGAACAGACGUAACUAUUAUCAAAACGCUCCUCCGCCGCCGCAGUACGGUAUGCAACAUCAGCAACACCAGCAAUACAACGGUAGACAGCCGAUGAGGCAGGAUGGACAGAAUAGAAAUAUGAACAGAAACGGUCCGAUGAUGAACGGACCUAGGAAUAUGAAUCGGUCUGCUCAAAAUGGGCCUCGUAUGGGUCGUCAACGUAGUGAUAAUCGACCACCGAAUAACGCUAUGACCAAGUCUGUUGAAGUGCAAACGGUCGAUAAGAAUAGAACUAGUCGUCCGUUCGUUAAACGUAAAAGAGCGCCGAUCGAAUUUAGUCUUCGUGUUAAAAACAUUGGCACGGGAGUGCGUGUUCGCGAUUUGAAAACCGCCUUAAAUGAAAGAGGCAUUAAACCAAGGGUUAUCACAUGGAAGGGCCACAGGGGCUUCGCGUUCCUACAUUUUGUUAAAUCGGCAUCGAAUGAAAAUAAACCGUUAGCUGUGGAAGAUGUGAUACACGCUUUGGAAGGAUUACCAUUACCUCCGAAGAAUAAGAGAAACCUCGUCAUCGAACCGGCCAAACCGAAGAAUUCGGCCAGCGAAUCGAGCGGUGGCGUCGAAGAAUCGCCUACUAAUACGACCAUCACUUUGGAGACCUCUAUUCCUAAAGAGCCACCAGUUUUAAAUGCUGCCGUUCCUCCUACCAUCAACCAACCGAUUGCCGUUUAAUCGCAUUUUUCACUUAGGUUUUUUUUCUAGCGUUUUUUUGUACCUUUUUACGAUAUUUGAAAAAAAAUUCGGUGUAUAAUCUUCGUUCUUAUAUUUCUACAUAUAUUUUUAGAGGUUCUAUUAUUUUUUUUUCUUUUGUUCGAAGUUUUUUUCUUUCUUUUUUCGUUCUAAUUGUUUAACCAUGCGUCUUUUCUUUAUUUUAUUUUUUUUUUUGAUACGGUUAUAUUAAUUCUAAGUGGGGUAAGAUUUGCCACAAAUUUUGCGAAGGAGAAUUUUUUUGUGGUUUUUACACGAUCGACUUCAAGUCAUAAAUUAACAUGUUGUUUGUUGUAUUUUUUUUCUUUUUUUUGCUCUUAGGAUUAAAUUGCGUUACUAAAA